UAAAUAAUCUCGAUUAGGGUCAAAUAUUUUAUUAUUAUUAUUUGAUAAUACACAACGCACCAUUUUCUAAAAUAAUGACGGGUUACACACUUUUGAAAAUGGAGAAAAUUUCUGAUGUUCUCAAAAGGAAGCCUCGGCUUUCAACCUGCAUUUCGUUCACGCUUGGCAUGUUGGCUGUGACCAUGUCGGCCAUAGCUAUGGGCGUCUUCAUCGGGUACACGUACUGCUACCUCGAGCAUCACUCUGGGUUUAAACCAGUUAAAGGAAACUUUACCCAAUCAUCGGACUACCACAUCCUGCAUAUGCCAUACCCAGAGUGUCACGAGGUGAAAAAGAACAGGACCAUCAACGGGGCUCUGCUGUCCAGUGUCCUCGUGUCCAGGAUCCUGCGGCUGGGACAAGCAUUGGUGCAGGAUGACCAGCACGGAAACAUGAUGUUGCAUUUCACUUGAAAUAAAUGAUACAU